CCGGCGCUGAGGUCAUAAAUUAAUCACUUGGACAACUCGGAGGAGGCAAAAAGGGGACAGCAAACAUGGAUCCGGAGGCAUUCUUAGAUAUGGCUAAUCAAGUCAUAAAAAUUAAGAUGUUCCCGUACUUUGACAUAGCGCACAGUUUGCUAUGCGCCUUGUCCGUGCGCGAGGAUCUGGGAGCCGGCGCGCAGGCCUUCUCCCGGAAGCAUCCGCUGGCCUGCUGGCUCUCGACGAUGCUGGUGAUCUUCGCCGGCGGAAUGGUGGCGAACGGACUGCUAGGCGAGCCCAUCCUGGCGCCCCUCAAGAACACGCCGCAGCUGCUGGUGGGCACGGUGGUGUGGUACAUCGUCUUCUACACGCCCUUCGACAUUGGCUACAAGGUGGGCAAGUUCCUUCCCAUCAAGAUUGUCGCCAGUGCCAUGAAGGAGAUUUACCGCGCCAAGAAGAUCCAUGACGGCGUCACGCAUGCCGCCAAGCUCUAUCCCAACGCAUUUAUCAUCAUGAUCAUCAUUGGCACGCUCAAAGGCAACGGGGCGGGCUUCACGAAGCUCAUCGAGAGACUCAUCCGUGGCGCCUGGACGCCCACGGCGAUGGAGUUCAUGCAGCCCAGCUUUUACACCAAGGCUUCCCUCGUAGCCUCAAUUAUUUUCGUGUUGGACAAGAAGACUGACUUAAUAUCCGCGCCGCACGCCCUCGUCUACUUCGGAAUCGUCAUCUUCCUCGUGUACUUCAAGCUCUCGUCCAUCCUGCUCGGCAUUCACGAUCCCUUCAUACCUUUCGAAAAUCUGUUCUGUGCCCUCUUCCUGGGCGGCAUUUGGGACAGUCUGGCCAAGCUGCUAGGCCGCGGACAGGCCAAGGAGGAGACGAAAGACGCCAAGAAGGCCAACUAACUGAGAGAACAUC